UGGUGCCAGUCUGCUGUCGACAGUCUGAACGGACUCGGUCUGCCAGCGUCUCCAUCCUGAGGAUUUUCGCUAAAUCAACGGAUUCUUUCGGUUCUGGAGAACCUGUGGAGGCGGUACCGUCAUGGUGUUCGGAGCUCGGUCUUCUGGACGGUUCGGUUGGUGAAACAGUGACAGAACCAACAAGCCUCCAGGUGGAGCUGUGUCCCAAUCAGAUGUGUCGCGUGACCGCGGCCGACCUCCAGCUGAUGCAGCAGGAAGCUGCGUGUGUGACGGCGCGGCGGUGGGCGCAGCAGGAGGGAUGACAUGGAGAGCGGAGAGACGCAUGCGCAGCUGGAGACGCCAUCUUUACUCUCUUCUUCCCUCUAGAAGCUCUCAGGACGUCGCAGGAACAUAUUUUUCUACCGUUUUCUACCCAGAGCUGAUUUUUGCUACGAGCUGUGAAGCCAUAUUGGACCGGCGCCGGGAUGAGCUCCGAGGGCUUCCAGUACCGGGCGCUGUACGACUACAAGAAGGAGCGGGAGGAGGACAUCGACCUGCGCGUGGGGGACAUGCUGCUGGUCAGCAGGGGGGCGCUACUGGCGCUGGGCUGCGGCAGCGGAGACGAGGAGCGGCCGUCUGAGAUCGGCUGGCUGCCGGGCUUCAACGAGACCACGCAGGAGAAAGGCGACUUCCCAGGAACGUACGUGGAAUUCGUCGGCAGGAAGAGGAUGUCCCCGCCCACUCCGAAGCCCCGCCCACCCAGACCGUCAUCCGCCGCGUCCGUGAGGACCGACUCAGAGUCAGAGAGUUUGGUUCUGCCGGACCUGCCGGACCAGUUCGGACCUCCAGACACGGCGCCGCCGCUCCUCAGCAGACUGAUGGAGCUCAUAGAGACCAAAGGUUCUGACAGCCCGGUUCUGUACCGCAGCAUGAGUGGAGGGGUUCUGGACACCCGGCAGCUGGCCGACACAGAGCUGGAGCAGCUGGACGUGCCGUCUCUGUGUGAUGGGGUGGUCCGGUUCCUGCAGGACCUGCCCGGUCCGGUCCUGCCUGCUUCGCUGCAGGCCGACAUGAGCCACGCCGUCCAAGAGGUCCGGGACCCGGAGGAGUGCGCUCAGGUUCUGCGGAGCGUGUCGAGCUCGCCGGCCUGCCCGGCCCAGUUUGGGCUGACCCUGCUCAGCGUGGUCCGGCACCUGGCCCGGCUCUGUCUGCACGGCUCUAGGAACCAGCUGAGCCCUCGGGUUCUGGCCGAGAACUUCAGCCCGCUUCUGUUCAGGCAGACUGCUGGGUCCGACUCUGCUCUGGAUCCUCUGGUUCAGGUUCUGGAGGUUCUGAUCACCAGCGAACUCAACAUGACCCAAGCAGCACCAGCUCUGCCUCCCAAACCGGCGAAGGCCUCCAACGCUGCUCCCCCCAGCAGCUUCAACAACAGCAUCUCCCUGCAGGACGCCGAGUGGUACUGGGGGGACAUCUCCAGGGAGGAAGUGAACGAGAAGCUGAGAGACACGGCCGACGGCACCUUCCUGGUGCGGGACGCCUCCACCAAGAUGCACGGAGAUUACACCCUGACCCUCAGGAAGGGAGGCAACAACAAGCUGAUCAAGAUCUUCCAUCGAGAGGGGAAGUACGGCUUCUCUGACCCGCUGACCUUCAGCUCGGUGGUGGAGCUCAUCAACCACUACCGCCACGAGUCUCUGGCCCAGUACAACCCCAAGCUGGACGUCAAGCUGCUCUACCCGGUGUCCAAGCACCAGCAGGACCAGGUGGUGAAGGAGGACAGCGUGGAGGCCGUGGGCAAGAAGCUGCACGAGUACCACCUGCAGUACCAGGAGAAGAACCGCGAGUACGACCGGCUGUACGAGGAAUACACCAGAACGUCGCAGGAGAUCCAGAUGAAGCGCACCGCCAUCGAGGCCUUCAACGAGACCAUCAAGAUCUUCGAGGAGCAGUGCCAGACGCAGGAGCGCUUCAGCAAGGAAUACAUCGACAAGUUCCGCCGCGAGGGCAACGACAAGGAGAUCCAGAGGAUCAUGGAGAACUACGACAAGCUGAAGUCUCGGAUCAGCGAGAUCGUGGACAGCAAGCGCCACCUGGAGGUGGACCUGAAGAAGCAGGCGGCCGACAACCGGGAGAUCGACAAGAAGAUGAACAGCAUCAAACCGGACCUGAUCCAGCUCCGCAAGACCCGGGACCAGUACCUGAUGUGGCUGACCCAGAAAGGAGUCCGGCAGAGGAAGCUCAACGAGUGGCUGGGUCUGAAGAACGAGACCACCGAGGACGAGUACAGCACGGUGGAGGACGAGGAGGACCUUCCUCACCACGACGAGCGGCUGUGGCGUCUGGGGAACAUGAACCGGCUGCAGGCAGAAGGCCUGCUGCGCGGCAAGCGGGACGGAACCUUCCUGGUCCGGGACAGCAGCAAGCCGGGCUGCUACGCCUGCUCCGUGGUGGUGGACGGCGAGGUGAAGCACUGCGUCAUCAACAAGACCGGCACCGGCUUCGGGUUCGCCGAGCCGUACAACCUGUACGGGUCGCUGAAGGAGCUGGUUCUGCACUACCAGCACACGUCGCUGGUCCAGCACAACGACUCGCUCAACGUCACGCUGGCCUUCCCCGUCUUCAGCCCGCAGCGCCGGUGACCUCUGACCCCAACACGCUGGCCUUCCCCGGCUACAGCUCACCGUGACCUCUGACCCUGUAUGACCUCACUCAGGCCCACUUCCUGUCCACCAGAACCGGUCUCCUCUCUGCUGGGAUCAUAUGUUUUAAUCAAUUAAAACCCAAUAAUCAAUACGACCCGCCUCUCGGCCCAAAUCAACACACUGCUCAAGCAAGAUGGCCGCCCAGGGCGUUGUGACAUCACUCCGCGCUACGGCUUGCAUCAAUUAGUCUCAUCAUUAAUCGAUUGAUCCAAUAAAGAUUUGAUAAGCUUUUGGUAAAUUGUACCAUAACAGCAGUAUUAACAUAAGAUAUCGGCCCAAUUUUUCAUAUUUACGGAUCCAUACUAAUACUUUUCUGUAGUUUAGAAAAUUAAACUCUAACAAUAAUUGCUCAAUUUUUAAGUUAACCUGGACAAAAUUAUACAAAAUAUGAAAUUAUAUUAAAUAAACCAGCAGCCAGAUCAGAGGACAGUUUUGAUGUUUCAUUCAUUUGUAGCCUCUGUUAGUGACGGCAGUGUCUCACCUGUAUAAAUGCACCUGCCGCGCUCUUCACCGUUAGCCACCGGGCUAACGGCUAACCGGGCUAACGGGCUAACGGCUCCAGUCAACUCCAGGAUUCUGAUCAGGCUUCCAAGAAACCAUAAAACCCUGAAUGUUUUCAUGUUCCAGUGAAAUCCCAGAACAAACUUCAAAAUGGGACGUUAUUCUGCUAGCAUUAGCACUUAGCAACAACUCAGAA